AUCAAUCAAAAUGAGCGGUUCAAAUUCAACAAAUGUUACUAAUUCUGCAGGUGGCGUUAAACGCAAGAAAAAGAUUCUUAGUUCAACACCUAAAAAAAAUGUGACUCAACCUUUAAUGGCUUUUUGUACAUCGAAUUCUGUGCCUACAGUGAUAAAAAAAUCAGCAAGUUCAUUGAAUUCAACUCCUGAUAUUCAAAUCACGGAUGAACAUUCUUUUCUCUUUUUAUUGGGAACCAAAUCUGAUUUGAGAUACAUUCAACCUAUCAUAAUCCGGGUUUCUGAUACUUUAUUCCAAUCAAGAGAAUUCAUUCGAUGCAGAAUUGAUAAUUCUAAUUAUGUUGGUAAAGUGAUUUCAAUUUCAAAAAACCUGACUGCUAUUCAAAAUGAAGCAGAAAAAUUAUGUGUUAAAAUUUCUACUGGAUUCAGAUCUCAUAUUAUAAAAAAAGAUCAGAUGAUACUCUGUUGUACCAAAGUUGUGCGAAUAUUCGAGACCAGCGAUGACGAUGAGAGAAAAGCAUUUUUGAUUCAAAUUCUACCCAGCAUGGAAGAAUUUAUACAAGAAGACAUUCAUGCUGACGAAACCGGGCCUGAUCUUUCGAAAGAAUGUCAAAUGGAGAUUCCAGAUUCCGGAAUGAAUGGCGAUUCAGCAUCAAAUAUUGAUCAGGAUAUUGAUUCCAAUGAUGAAGCGGAUGAAUUCAUGAGUGAAAAUCACUCGGAUACACAUCCAAGUAGUCAGAAUAAUGCGGUCAGCAUCCAGCAUGACAGUGGACUGCUUUAUGACAUCUCAUCAGGCUCGGAUUGUGAAUUUGAACAGGAAGAUUCAAUCAAAAAGAAACGACGGAAAAGACAAUACACAGAUUGUAAACUUUUGACCAAAUUCCGAGAAGAGAAAAAGCAACAAGCGGAAAAGGCUAAUGCUGGAAUCGUCUUAUUAAUGGAUAUUCUUGAGAAUUCUAUUCCUGCUCUUCCGAUAGAGAAUCCAAUUACACCGACCAUAAAAAAUAUUUAUCAAUUUUGUCUUCAUUUGAAUACAAAAUUCAACCAUAUGAAUGAAAAGAAUUUGUUGGAGAAUUCAAUUGAAUUCACAAGAAAAAUCAAAGUACACAAAGUAAAAGAUAAAGAUGAAAUCAAUUUGAAUGGAAUGAUUUUUCCGUUUCCAGAUUAUACAUGGGCAAUUAAGGCUGAUGAACCUAGGCUUGUUAUGUCUCGAUUAAUUCGUGGAUGCAUACCUGAUGAAAUGAAAGACGAUUGUCAAGUGAAUGAUAAAGCAGAUAAUUCUAAUUUUCUUUUCCGAAUUGGGGAUUCAAAGCUCGAGGGUAAUGAAAGGUUGGCUAAUGGACGUGAAAAAAUCGAAAUGCUUAUUGAGCAUUCACAUGCUGUCAAAAAAUUGGACAAAAUGUCUUAUCAAUCUUACAGAGAAUGUAAAGCUCAGGUUGAUAAAGCAUUAUAUGAUUUCGCACGUAAAAAACUAAAGAAAAAGGAUGGUAAAGACAAGAAUGUUAAAAUUCCUAUUGGAAUGAAUGAAACUGAUCGAAGCAAUGAGAAUCCUAAUUCUAGCAAUAAAGAGUCAUCGAAUGUGAAUAGGAAUUCAAUCACGAAAGAAUCAAGCACAGUCCAAUCCGGCAAAGAAUCGCAAGUCAGAUAUCUGAUUAAUAACUUCCUAGGUUCAUCAUGAAAAUUAUAAACAACAACAAUUUACAUCCGAUUAUUUUGCUAAUUAUUAUUGGUUUUUUCUAUAAUUUAAUUUAACUGAAUACAAUUCUAAUUUUUUUGUCUCUAUAAUGAGAACCAGCAAUCAAAUUUAUAUACAAAUUCGAAUAAAUAAUCAAUAAUUUUAAUUUUAAUUUUGAAUGCCUUUCAUGCAUUUUACGCGGUUUAAAACCCCCAUUUAGAGUGAAAACGCUCAUCUGAGCUCGAAACUGUAAAUUGUUAUUGCUCACUAAUGCCCGUAUGUUUGAAUUUUACGAGUCGAAUGCAUCGUAAUAUGCUCAUUUUCAAAGAUUCCGCGAAAAACUGCUCCUUAUUUGCUGGUUUCCUAAUAUGCUCAUCUAUUUGGCGUGUAUGUAGUGUUUGACUGGGUAUUCAAUGAUUAACAUCAAGACAGUUGUAAUUUAGGUAACUAACAAUUGUCUUAAAUGAUUAGCAUGUUUAAACAGUUAAUCAAAAGGCAAAGAAUUCACAAUUUUCCAAGUCAAAUAAUCAAACUGUUGCUACCAUUAAAUAUCUUGCUAAUGCAUAAUGUUAUGUUAAUGGACAUUAUCUUAAAGGUAACACAAAAAGGUGUGUAAACAUGUUGCCUGAACACAAACUUAAUGUUCAACAUGAAUCCACUCAAAUUUACAUUAACCUUUCAAUAAAUUGUUGAGUGAUUCAAUUUGGAUGAGUUUAAUUAGUUGGUUAAACACUUUGAGCCAAUGACUUUAAAGCAACAAGUGUUGGUUUAAGUAAAAUGCAAGAUAACAGGUUAAUCAUUGGUAUUAAUCAACUAGAGCAACUAAUUAAAGAAUUGAAUAUUGAAUCAAGAAAACAAAGGAAAUACGAAAAAAACAGACAAAAAUGAAAAGCAU